UAUCGAGACGACUGGAAGUAUGUGGCAAUGAUUAUUGAUCGAUUACUACUGUAUGUCUUCUUCGGCAUUACCGUUGGCGGUACAUGUGGUAUACUGUUCAGUGCACCGUAUGUGUUCCAAGGUGUAAAUCAGCGUGCCGUGCUAGACCGGCUGAUCGAUCUGUACAAAAGUGGCGGAAAUCGUGAUUAA